UUUUCUCCUGGAUUUAAAACCAACCAUUCUCUUGAGGACAUAUUUAAAAACCUUGGAGCACCCUAACUUGUGAAAAUGAGGGCAGUGUUUGUGGGUUUGGUCCUACUCUCUCUCGUCUCUGUCAGCUAUGCUGACUGCAAUGCUGCAGAAAUUGAAGAAGGCGUGACUCACUGUCAGGAUCUUGUGGAUGGAACGUGGCACAUGGUUGGAUCCAUGUGGACAAACAGCAAGUGUGAACAGUGCUCAUGCAGUGCUAGUUAUCUUGCUUGCUGUGACGGAUUGCCAACGGGCGUUUCCAAAGACUGCACGAUCGAAUUUGAUUAUGAAACCUGUACAUUUGAUCUGAUUAAUAAUAUCAUUCCAGGUGGAUCAUGUUCCGUUGAUGAGAAGUGAUUGUAAAGAUGAACCGAAUGAAGGUUUAUCAAGGAUGUCAGAGACCAGAAACAGAAAAACAAUAUGCUUAAUGUUAUCUUGAACCUAUUCUUAACCUACAAUAAACCAUUAUUGAAGCAUUA